UCGAUCGACUUCUCGGUGUUCCUCUAGUUCGGUCUUGCAGGCGGGCUAGUUGAUCGCAGAUAGUCGGCUCCCCAGUCCCAGGACACUAGCGGUAUUAGAGUAAAAUGUCUCUCAGCGGGCUCCUGUCGCGGGCUGUCCUCGUUCACAGAGUUGGGUCCAGAUCUGCGUUCACAAGCUCCAAGCCGGACUUUUCAAAGCCCAACUGGCUGCGUGUGGGACUGGCCUUGGGCACGUCUGUCUUCCUAUGGGGCCUGCUCUUCAAGCAGCACAGCGAUGACGUGCACGAGUACAAAGUGAGGAACGGCCUCGAGUAGCCAUGACAACAGCAGGACGCCGUCACGUCCUCCUGUCCUGCUGAAGAUGCUGCUGCUCAUCUGCUUCUGUCCACCGUCUCUCUUUAUCUGAAUCCUCUGUAAAAUAAAAUGUUUAUGACGGAA